AUGGAUAUCAAGCAAGAUCAAAAUGAAACACUACGGGAGUACACUGCCCGGUUCAACCUCGCUGAUCUGGAGGUGCCAGAGGUGGAGUCACAGAUAAAGAAUUGUGCCUAUGUCAGAGGGUUAAAGCCGGAACUCUUCUUCGACGAGCUACAAAUCAGACCGGCCAGGGAUUUCGAUGAUAUCAUGUCCAGAUUGCCAGGAGGAUUGCCCCCGAGGGUGCCCCCUCCCCAGGCAGAGGUGCCACCUCGCCAGCAGGACACGGUAAAUGAAGUAAAUUGUUUUGAUGAAUACACCCCACUGAACAAACCUCAGGAGGAAAUCUUUCACUUGAUCAAAAAUCAACCGUUCUUCAAGGCGCCCGGGACUUACAGGGAUAGGCAGCCGCAACAGGGGCCGAUCAACAAAUUGUGUGAGUAUCACAAUUCGUAUGGACACUACACCAAGCAUUGCUGGCAUCUUAAGCAUCAGCUGGAGUUUUUGGUGCGUCAGGGUAAUCUGGAUCGGUUUAUUGUCAGAGGGAAUGAAGGCCAAGAUCAGAGGCCAGAACAGAGAAAUGACCAGAGGCAAGAUCAGGGGCACAAUAGAGAACGCAGGCCGGAGGAUAAUCGGGAUAACCGCAGAGAAGCGGCAGAGAGACAGGCACCUCCUCCCCUGUACAGAAGGGAGGUACAUAUGAUUUUCGGGGAGAAUGGGACACCAAUGUCUAAUAGGGCCAAGAAACAAGUUGUGCGGGCAGUGAAAUCGGGAUAUUACCCCAAACAGGUAAUGGGGAUCACAGACAUGGCAGAGGAGCCGGCCAUCACUUUCGGAUCAGAGGAUCUGAGAACACUCAUGUACCCACACGAUGAUGCGUUAGUAAUCAAAGCCGACAUAGCUAGUUGCGUAGUACAUCGCGUGUUUGUGGAUUUGAGUAGUGCGGUGAACAUUUUAUAUCUGGAAUGUCUCCAGAACAUGGGGAUCGGGGCCAACAUUGAACCCACGAAUGCUCCUUUAUUCGGGUUUGGGGGAGAAAUGGUUAUGCUAGUAGGGUUUGUGGAGCUGUCAAUAACUCUGGGCAGGUCGGAUGCAUGCAAAACCAGGGUGAUCCGAUUCUUAGUGGUGGAUAUGCCAAAGCCAUCCUAUAAUGUGAUAUUGGGACGCCCAGCUUUGACAACAUUCAGAGCAGUCAUUUCAAUGUUCCACCUCAAGAUGAAAUUCCCCAUCGGAGGAGGAAAAGUGGGAGAAGAAUGA